CACAGUAUCGACGCUCAGAACACAGUUGACAUCCGGCAUCCGAGAAAACACAGAAUCUUUUAAGCACGAAGCAUACACUAGCACCCACUAGCAGCUGCUCCGACUGCCAUCCCGUCCAAAUUUUAGUUUACUCUUUUAGAAGCGUUCAAUCGGCGCAUGUUCCGAGCACUCCUCCGACCGAGCAUGAAGCGGCAGGCCCGAGGGCCCGUCUCCAACGAGCAGAAGGCCCAGCAGGCACAGGUCCAGGCCGAGGUCGAAGCCAAGAAACAGGCCCAGGGCCAGAUGCAAAUGCCAGAUCAGAAUCAACCUCAGAACCAGAAGUUGGAUGAUAAUCAAAACCAGAAUCAGAACCAGAGUGCCAACCCGAAUCCGACCAUGAUACAGUCACAGGUACAAUUACAGACCCAGCUGCCAGUGGCAUCUACAUCCACAAGCACAGCUGCGCUGCUCCUGGAUCCGUUAAAUCCGCUGGAUGAUCAAGAGAAGGCCAACGAAACUGCGACCUAUAAAACUAACAGCAAUCGUGAAAUUGCCUUAAAGGAGCCGGAGCAGGACUCUGUGGAGUCCGGUGCACAGGGGGAUAACGAGCAGUCUGAUUCUGAGCUGCCUGCCAGCUCCAAUUGCCAAUCCACAAUCCCACAUCCGCUGCCACUGCCCAAGUCCAGAUCCAUAUCCAUUUCCAAGACAAUGACUAUUCCGCUCCCGCUCCCGCUACCGCGACCCUUGCACAACAGACAGGACCUGCCCGACGAAGGCGGGAAUCCUGAGCAGCUGAAGUCCAUGGCCGGGCGAGAGCAAAUUGCCAAGCUGCUGCUCACCCGCUUGGGCGAGGGGGCCGGAGCAGAGGGUGAUGGUGAAGCGAAUCAGAUCGUGAUGGAGUUACUGGGCGGUCGUGACAGCAGCAACAGCAGCAGCCACUCGAGUAGCAACAACAUAACCGAUACGACCAGCGACAUCAGUGGCACCGGCAUGCACAGCAGCAACGAUGCCAAUAUCAAUGACAACAGCAGCAACACAACUAUUCCUGCCACUAUGCCGAGUCCUUCGGCAAUCGAACGUGUUUCUGAGCAACUGAUGCGUGUCCUCCGGGAGCAGACCCUAAACGAGGCGGGUAUUGCCAUUGGAAACGAGAGAUAUCGCUGCUUCAAGUGCGUACUGCAGAACUAUGCCAAGAUCUAUGCCGCGCGACGUUUCAUGGAACAGUUGCCACAGCUAGGACCGCAGGGAAACGGCCAGAGUCAAGCCCAGAGUCCGGGCACACAAUCACAAUCGGCGCAAGGACAGAGCAGCGGGGUAGAGGCGGACCAGGAGCUACUUGCCCGCGUUGUAGCGGACGAGAUACCUGAGCUGCUGCGCCAGCUCUGGUCCUCGCUGGAGAAGAUGGAGUUCUUUAACGAGGAUACAGCCUUCAAGGCCUAUCUGGAGGCGCGGCGACAUCCGCAAGCGCGCAUUCUGCGCGAACUCAUGCUCACGCGCAUCUCGCGCGUCUUCCUUUGCAUCGUGAGCUCCACCUUCUUCCUGGACUUUACCGAGCACGAGCUGACACACAUCCUCCGGAAUUGCUAUCUAAGUGUGAACUCGGAGAUCGAGAUCUUUCUCUCUGUCGUACUCUGGCUGGAGCACAACUGGUAUGAGCGCCGCGAGUGCGCCGAACGAAUCCUGGCCCAGGUGCGCUUCGGAUUGAUGCCGACCUGGUACCUAGCCACUUUGGAUCGGGCCAAUCGGUGCCGUCACUUUUCCCGUGUGAUCCAGAGUCCCGGAGUGCAGCGCAUGAUAGCACAAGGCCUGGAGGAUGCCGUUACUUUAAAGAGUAAGCCCCGCUCUGGUGGUACCGCUGGAGGACGUGCAGGAACGUCGUCUAAUGGUCAGCAAUCCCCGCCACAACGGCAGCCCGAACAGGCAUUCUCCGAGCAGCGACAACCACAUCUACCACAGCUCCCGCGACGACAGGACUCGCAGUCACAACAACAACAACAGGAGGAGCCACACCUGCCCAGAGAAUGGAUCGCCGAUCCGGAGUGCCGGCACCACCACAAGUGCCACUGCGAACGGUUUGUGUAUCCCACAUACGAUGUUUUCAAGGAAUAUCUGGCCAGGAUCAUUUGCUGCGCGCCCAACUAUUGGCGCACCUUCCGGCCCGCCCAGGAGGUUUACCGCAGCGACUUCCGCUGUUGCUCGCCACCUCACUUUAACUAGUGAACCUGUGGCGCUGUAGCUUUCAUUACCCUAACCCGUUACGCAGUUAUCCCGCACCCGUUCUAGUACCAGUACCAGUACUCAUUGCCGCUCCUGUUUUCAUUCCCGAUUACAGUUCCUGUCUCAGCUGGAUCUGCUGAUCUGGCUGAAAGACCUACCAAUCAUUACGAAUAUCACGACCCCAUCUGCUUCUGAAACAGCUCCUGCAAACGCUUUAAGCUCUGCGGUUCAAAUUUUACGUGCGAGGAUGUUAUUCGGAUCAUGCGUGUGUCUGUCUGGUCGCCCCGUCCAUCUACUGUCCACAGCCCGUGCCGGUGUCCUGGUGCAUCGUGUUCGUGUCAUUUUAGCAACCGAUUGGUCCAGUCUCACUGCCGGCAAGGCUUAAGCGUGGCUAUCAGUACACGCUCCCAUCCCAUCAAUAAAAUUUGUUCAUGCGUCUA